AAAUAUGAAUUUGCUGGUGAUUUUUAGCAUUCUCUCGAUAUCGUAUUCAUUGAUUGACAGUUAUGUGACAGAAUCUGAAUUAGAAGAGUUUGUGAAGCGAAUUAGUCCUUAUAAAGCAGACCAUGGACGCUCUAGGGUAAAGAGGAAGCUUUUUGGUAAAGCCUUUCGUACCAAAGAGGCGAUCAAGAAGGCUUUCGAAGAAGAAUUUCAGGCGUAUGAUAAAUGUUUAAAUGCACGCGAGGAAGAAAGAAAAUCUCUUGAAAACACGAUACGCGGGCUACUGGCAUUAGAAGGCCAGAAGGUGCGACUGGGUUGCAACCUUUGCCAACGACCUGAUCAGGACUUGACAAAGUUAGAGAUAAUAGACUGGCAGAGACUUCGACCUCAGGACUCGGACUUUGAGUUCGUGAGUAAGGACGACGGGCGGGUCAGAAUUGACAGCGAAACACGUGAUCUAAUUAUUGACCCCGUGGACGUGUUGGAUGCGGGUCAGUACUUCUGUAUCAAUACUUACUACAGAGAGUACGAGGAAAUAUACCAACUGGACGUGCUGUUCAGAGAAAGACUGAAGACAACAAAAUACGAGGACGUUGAGAGUGGCAAAGAUAAGUACCUUGGUGAUUUUCCCCUUGUGGAUCACAACAUUAAAGCUUUCACUGCUUGGUCUGAAUGGACAGAAUGUCAAGACUGCAACAAGAAAAGCAUCAAAAAGAGGGUAGGUUUGUGCAUGGUCACCAAAAUCCAAAAAGAUCAGCCGAUCCUUCCGUUUGAUCUUCCUAUCAUGGAACUGUAUCCCGAUGGCGUACCUUGCCGAUCAACCGUGCUCUCUAAAGAAAUUGCAUCCAUCAAGCGGAUCAAGAAUAGGCGGAGCGAAGUGACCAUGGCGGAUUGCUACAAAGCAUGUCCGACCACACCGGGGUAUACGGUCGUCACGGACGAAAGCGGCAACAUAACGGAAGUAUUAGAGGCGGGGUUUUAUUCUCUCGGGUCCAAACCUAAACUUCCUCCCUUGGUGAUUCGUCGUGUUCUCUAUGAACCAAUCAACAAGCAUCUCAUUCUAUCGUGUCCAAGGAGCAAGAAGUACAAGUCUUUAAUUCGCUGGCAAAAUGGCACACUUGUUCUGAAUCCCUUGACAAUAAAACGGCAAACUCGAGGGCGAGUAUUCUUGGAUUCCAUUAAUAGGCUUCAUAUCCGGCGCCUGCGCAUGACCGACACGGCAUCUUACAACUGUUGGAGCUCAAAAGUCCACAUAGCAACUAUCAAGGUCAUUGUCACAGAUGCAAGAAAUGACGUAAAGAUCAAAGAAUAUAUUACAUAUUCCGGUUUAUUUUUGACUGUGUUUUCUAUAUUUCUUAUUUGUGUAUGUGUGUUUUGUAAAAAGAAGAAAAAGACGGCCAAAUAAAAAUGUAUUUAA